AUGCCAGCACCCGCCUCAAGACGGGCCUUCUCCCGCCUCCUCACCACCCUGCGCACCCCCUCCACCCACCGCCGCGCCUUCUCCUCCAUCCCCGCACGACAGCAGCAACAACAACAACAACCCCAACCCGCCACCACCCCAUCUCCCCAAACCGCCGCCCAAGUCCAACACGACCUCUCCCCCUCCGACGAAUCCCAACCCCUCCGCUCCCUAACCGAAGGCCUCUCCGACCCCCCGCCCAUCCUCUCCGAAGAUGAAAAACAAGUCGACUGGACCCGCUCCUUCCACGGCCUCUCCUCCUCGCCCUUCACGCCCGAGCAAUCCGACAUCUUGCAGCAGAGAUUGGAUUUCGAUGAUAUUGAGAUCAAACCCGAUGGCAUCGUGUACUUGCCGGAGAUUAAGUAUAGGAGGAUUUUGAAUCGCGCGUUUGGGCCUGGCGGGUGGGGGCUUGCGCCGAGAGGGGAGACGAUUGUUACGGGGAAGGUGGUGACGAGGGAGUAUGGGUUGGUUUGUGGGGGGAGAUUAGUCUCCAUCGCCCGCGGCGAACAAACCUACUUCGACCCGGAUGGCAUCCCCACCGCGACCGAAGGCUGCAAAUCCAACGCCCUGAUGCGGUGCUGCAAGGACCUGGGCAUCGCGUCUGAGCUCUGGGAUCCGCGGUUCAUCAAGAAGUUUAUGGCGGAGAUGGGGAAGGAGACGAUGGUGGAGCAUGCGGCGACGAAGAAGAGGAGGAAGCAUUGGAUGCGGAAGGGUGAUGAGGUGAAGUAUCCUUUUAAGGAUAUUGGGAUGCCUGGGGCUGGGACGGGUGGGAGUGGGAAUGGUGGUGGGGGUGUGGCGGCGCAGGCGGGGAGGGCUUAUAGGACGACGACGAAGACGGCGGAGAAGACGGCGGAGAAGAAGUGA